GCUGGGAUGGCAGCGUUCACUACGCGGCUGACCGGUCUGGCGUUCGGGUCUCGGAUCGAGCUGCGUUAUCGCGUUUUUCCCCACCUUACUGGCGUCAUCGCGUGCGAUAAUUGAGAAGAGAAGGAAUGACGGGCUAAUCGGAGUAUAAUCGAGGAAUAAUCGCCGCGGCGGGAUGCGCCGUACGAGGUUAGCCUCAAUUUUCUAGCCAUCGAACGAAAACCACGACGUCUUCCUUCCUCCGUACGCGCGAUACGUGCAUACAUCCAUCCAUCCAUCGCACACGCGACAUAUGCGACUAGUCCGUAUACUCUCUGUGUGCAGUGGUGGUAUAAUCAGUGAAUUGAAGCUGACACGAACACGUGGGGUGAAACAUAAACGACGCAUUACGCGAGUGAUCAUUGAGGACCAGCACUGUGGACAACUUUGCUGUCCGAAAGGUUAAACCCCCCUCCCCCCCUACUUGCUGUCAACGCUAAUCUCACAGCCGCAGGUGCGCGUUUGCUGUUCAAAGUUCAAGGUUCGUCAGUGUAAAUACGCUGCUCUCCUGUAUUCCGUUAUAUUCAUUACAUCCGGUAUCCUCCCCCCCCCCCCCCCCACUUUAACCCUCGUCAAUCGUCACUCGACUCGCGCUCCACAGUCUAAACGGUCGGUAUUGCAACUGUACCGCGUUUUGAAUUGUACCGCUCGACAAGUUGAUCGCUGUGAUCUGAUCUCCGAUUGGCAUCGACCUACGAGGAGCAACAGAGAGCUGUGGUGGUAAAAUUUGCGACCGAUUCUGAUCAUCGCUGGUGAUUUGGGACGUGGCUGCAUCGCUUCUUCUUGGUGGAGGAGAACGGGUUGUGGUGUUUUAUUGUUAUUAUCGAUAACGAAGGACAACAAAUAACGGGAUAAUAUAUCGAAUUUGGGGGAAACGAAGGAAUCUUGGUAAAGAUAAAAGGAAAUAAAACAGUAUAAAAAUCGGCAAAUAUUUAUUGUGUGAGAAAGAAACGUGGUUGUCUAUCUGCAUAAUAUUUGAUUACACGUUAUAUAUAUAUAUAUAUAUAAUAGUUAUUUUUUAUAAAUAACCGUUCGGUGGUGGAAGAGAAAUCAAGCACCUUUCAUCAUGAUCGUCGAAGAGAAACAAGAAAUGGAGGGUUUCUGGAUAGCAGGCGCUAUACGCGCCAUCCAGGCGAUUUCUUACGUCUGCGAUCUGCUCACCUUUCCGGUCUACCUGGUCCUCCAGCGGCCCUGGGAAAAGCGGAAGAAGUCCAGGCGAGUCAAGGCCAAGCUGGUAUCGAAGGACGAGAACUCUGUGACCUACAGGUCAGUCGACAGUCCCGGGGAGAUGCACGUCGCAAUGAAAAAACGGAAGGUCGAAACCCUCGAUGAAAUGCUUCUUUGGGUCGCCCAAAUUCACAACUCGAAACGAUGCCUCGGUACGAGACAGAUCCUCGCCGAGGAGGACGAGCUGCAGCCGAACGGUAGAGUCUUCAAAAAGUACAAAAUGGGCGACUACAAGUGGAAGACCUUCUCGGAGGUUGAGAGACUCGCCGCGUCUUUCGGCCGAGGAUUGAGGAACCUGGGAAUGAGGUCGGGACGAAAUGUGGUGAUAUUUGCUGAGACCAGAGCCGAGUGGAUGAUCGCGGCUCAUGGAUGCUUCAAGCAGAAUUUCCCCAUCGUUACGAUAUACGCGACACUUGGCGACGAGGCGAUCGCUCACGGGAUAAACGAGACCGAGGUCGACACCGUAAUAACCAGUCACGAUCUCCUUCCCAAGUUCAAAAGGCUACUUGAACUAGCGCCUAAGAUAAAGACCGUAAUUUUCAUGGAGGAUCAGCUCAAGCCCACAAACACAUCGGGGUACAAGGAUGGCGUUACUCUGGUGCCGUUUUCAGACGUCAUCAAGACCGGUAACACCCUGAAAAUCGAACCGUCACCGCCCAAGGCAGAUGACACAGCGAUAAUAAUGUACACCUCGGGCUCGACGGGAAUUCCAAAGGGUGUUCUUCUCUCCCACAAAAACAUCAUCGCGACUCUCAAGGCCUACUGUGACGUCGUUGAAAUUCGAUCGGACGACGUAUUCCUCGGUUAUCUUCCACUCGCCCACGUCUUUGAACUAUUAGCUGAGAGCGUUUGCCUCCUGAGCGGUGUUCCGAUUGGCUACAGCACUCCGCUUACGAUGAUCGACUCGAGCAGCAAAAUUCAACGGGGAUCCAAGGGUGACGCAUCCGUUUUGCACCCUACCUGUCUCACCGCUGUACCGCUGAUCCUUGACCGCAUAUCGAAGGGAAUAAACGAGAAUGUGAAACGUGGCGGUCCCUUCAAACAGGCGAUAUUCAACUUCGCUUACGAGUACAAACUCAAGUGGCUUAAACGAGGCUACGAAACACCCCUCUGCGACAAGUACGUAUUCGGCGCGGCUAAACAGGUCCUUGGAGGACGAGCGAGGCUCAUUUUAUCCGGUGGAGCGCCGCUCAGUCCGGACACUCAUUGCCAGAUAAAACUUUGUCUCUGCGUCACCGUCACCCAGGGAUAUGGACUGACGGAAACGACGUCUUGCGCGACGGUGAUGGACACGUACGACCGAAGCACCGGCAGAGCCGGGGCGCCGACUACUGCCUGCGACAUAAAGCUCGUAAGUUGGGAAGAGGCCGGUUACAGAGUGACCGAUAAGCCGUAUCCGAGGGGCGAGGUUAUCAUCGGUGGCGACAACGUUUCCGCCGGGUACUACAAGCUCAAGGACAAGACGUCGGAGGACUUCUAUCAGGAAUGUGGCAAACAGUGGUUCAAGACCGGGGACAUUGCCGAGGUGCAUCCUGACGGGUGUAUCAAAAUCAUCGACCGGAAGAAGGAUCUGGUGAAACUGCAGCUGGGCGAAUACGUGUCUCUGGGAAAGGUCGAAGCUGAGCUUAAGACCUGUCCGGCGGUUGAGAACAUCUGCAUUUACGGUGAUGCCAGUAAGCAUUACACGGUCGCCCUGGUCGUGCCGAAUCCUCGACACCUCGAGGAGCUGGCCGAGAAUCUUGGACUGAGGCCUUCCUCGCUCGAGGAGCUGUGCAAUAAUCCGGAAAUCGAGAAAGCCGUGCUUCAGGAGCUCGUCGAGCAGUCGAAGAAAUGUAAACUGGAGAAGUUCGAAAUUCCUGGGGCUGUGAAACUCUGCGCCGAACAAUGGUCACCGGAUAUGGGACUUGUCACGGCAGCUUUUAAACUCAAGAGGAAAGCCGUCCAGGAACGCUACCAGCACGAGAUAAACCGGAUGUACGCCUCGUGAUGCUGGCCCCGGCGAUAAACUAUACGAUAAAUGCCAAAUGUAACAACAUAUAACGUGUUUGUAACUGAUGUAGGUAUUUGUGUGUGUGUGAUAUACCGUGAAGGGGGAUGACGGAGAAUGAUGGAAAAACACUCGGGAACGAAAAGCUUGGGUGAAAAUCUUAGCUGCCUAUGAGUUCGACACGUGCUCUCUCUUUCUCUCUCGUUCUUUCUCUUUUUGCCAGUGAAUGCGCAUCCUUGUCCCGUUUUUGUAUACAUAAAUAUUUAUAGAGAUUAUCUUGAACGAAGAUGAGGAUCAAUGAAAAUUAGCCAGUCUUAGGUGCGUGAGCGUUGUGCCGAGUCUUUUUAGGAAAAAGAGAGAGAUUGAAAGCGUUGUGUCGGCAACUACCGAGGAUUUUAUUGGGAUUCUCGUUUUUGUACAGAGAUGAGGGUUUUUUCUCUGCAGUACGUCGUUUCUCGUAAAUAGGAUAUCCUACGGUUUAUGGGAUAUGUUUGCAUUUCCUGUUGAUGGAAAUUCAAUAUAUUAAGUGUGUGUAAAAUAGUAAUUGGGCGAAUAUUGGAGGAAGGGUGCAAAGAAAUUUUUUGAAAAGUCAAGAAAUUAGAAAAAAAUACCGAGGGAGAAAAGAUGAAAAGAAUUAGAAUUUCAACGUCGAGGUGAAUAAAUAAAUGAAUAAAUAAAUAAAUUAAUUAAUAAACAAAUAAUGGUGCAAAGCGGUUUUCAACGUUUUGUUUGUUUUUUUUCAAUCUUUGUCUGUUCAUGCUUUUGUUCGUUCGCAAAGAUUGAAAUCGCUGUAAAUAAAUUAUAUAAAUAAAAUAUACUAUAUAUAUAUAUAUAUACAUACAUAUAUACAUAUAUACAUAUUUAAAAAUAAUUACGAAUCAUUACUCAGAGAUUAUUGAGGUGUAAAAUAUAUUAUAUUAUUAUAAUCGUAACGGGUCAAAUUUACAACAAAAAAAAAAAAAAACACAUUCGCGUUAACAACUUUAUUUAAAUCAAACGUAAAGCAUCACUCACUCCGUUUUCGUUAACGGAAUCUAACGAUAUUCAUUUUAUUACUUCGCGGAUUUAUUCCGAAAUAAUGUUAGUACUUUUUUUUAUUAAAUGUAUGAAUAUGUUGUUCAUUGUCGGAAGAAUUAUUUGCACACGCGAAACCAAAUUUUCAAAAAUGUGUCCAAAUAUUUCGGUUCGGUCCACUCGAUGAUCGGCGUUGCUUAAAAAUCUCUUGUGUGGAUACAAUCGUUUCAUAAAUCUAAUGUAAAAUCGUUUCAUUUCAUCUAGGCGCUAGAGUUUUAAAUUUCUUUUAUACACGCAUUUCUUGUCUUCCACCAUUUUUUUUCUCUUCUUCGUAAUCAUUCAAUGUUUCAUACCUUAUCGCAAUUCAUCGAAUAGUUCGACCACCGAGAAAAUUUAUCCAUACAGGAGAUGAAGCGUGAAAUAUAUCACCGUGUGCGAAACGAAGCGUAUAGUCGAUAUUAUAUUAUGUAUUGUACAAAACUAGCCGAUAUGUAGUUAAAAAUUGAGGUGUAUAGUUUGAAAAUAGAGUGCAAUUCGAGUUUAA